AUGAACAAUCAUCAAUAAUUGGAGGAUACCCCUGAUUACAACAUCAAUAAUGGGGAUUAUGGAGAUGAUAACUAUUUACCAUAGGAAGGAACCUAAUAAUUUGAAAACUUCAACAGCUUUAAUGAAAAGUAAUCUAACUUUUCAGAUCUCUAUAGCCCUAAUCACAGAAAUGAUAUUCAUUUGAUGACAAAUCAAGAUUUUGGAAAUAGAAAUAUUGCAUCAAGAGUCAAUACCUCUGCUCCUAGGACAGAUAACAGUAUGACAAACAUGAACCCAAUGCAAACAUAGGAUGAUUCAAGGUUCAUGAAUAUGCAUGAUAGGAAUAGAUCUAAUAUCACUACUUAAUCUCAAAAGUAUUAGCAAAAUGUAGCUAAAAAUGUCAUAUACAAUAAUUAUCAAUUAAGUCCUCAAUCAAGCCAAAAAUACUUGCAUGAACAAAAUGGGUUAUAUACCAGCCAUGUAGCAUAAAAAACUCCGAAUAGAAGAAGAAGUAGUGGAAAGAAAGGGGCUUUAGAUAGAUCCAAUUCAGCUAGUAGAUCAAGAUUAACAAACAAAACAAAUAAUAACAUUCAAGGAGGAGGCGGAUUACUUGCCUCUCCAUAUUCACCUGAAUCAAUGAUGACUAGAAAUCCUAUUUCUCUAGACAAUUUUGCUAAUUAAGCUGAUGGCAUCGAUGAUAACCAGAGUGCUCUCUAUAAAGAAUAUGAUAAGUGUGGUAGAACUCAGAAUGCAUUUAUGCAAAGAGCUGCUUUUGCUGGUAUUAAGCAUUUGCACACAAACAGCUAUAAGAGUUCAAGUCCACUUUAGAUGAUAUAAAGCAGAUUCCCUGAAAAAUAUCAUGGAUAAAACCCAAGCAUGAGUCAACUUAACAAUACUUAAUACUAAUAAGAGUAAUUAUAGGAUGAAACUUAUGAACAGAAUGAAAAUGAAGGUGAAUUAACAUCACAGUAGAUCAUUCAAAACAUGUUUUAGUUUAAUCAAUAAUAAUAGAACGAUAUAACAGCUAUCUAGCAUGAUUAAUCAGAUCUGAAUCAAUCCUUAUAAUAAGUACUUAGCAUAGCAGAUGGACUCUUUCUUAUUGAAGCAGGUUUUUAAGCUAUAAGUGAAACAAUAUUAACGACAAUAGGGUCCAUUGAAUAAUGGUCAUCGUUCUCACUUGAGGACAAAUUAUUACAAUUUGCAAGUUUCCUAUCAAAUAUGCGAAAAGACUUGAGAUUGGGAGGAGUCGUGGGUGUUUACUUAGUAUUCAAAAAUAAUUUUAUGCAUAUUGGAGAGGAGAUCAAGAGAGUAAUAGUUGAAGAAUUAUUUACAACCUUAUCUGAAUUUGAAACUCAAGAGGAUAUUUAUAUGCUUUGUGUUUUAGAGGUUAUCGGUAUGAUUGGACCAUUUGAAAGAUCACUCUCGAGAAUUGGAAUUAUAAAAGGUAUUUUAUGUGAACCAUCACUUAAGAGACUUUAGUUAGCAUGCUUUUGCAGUUUGAUCUAACUAGGAUUUGAAGGAUUUUAAGCAAUAAUUGAACUAGCUUCCAAAGACUACAAUAGCCUCUAAUCUUUUCUACUCUCAAACUUACUUCAAGUGAGAGGAAUUCAAAGAAUCAUUCUAGUGCCAUCUAUUUUAACUCAGCUAAAUAUGAGUGAGAGUAUAAAAAAACAAGAGUGUGUUGCCUUGCUAAACAGAAUGGGAACUUUAGUGUGGGAAUCUGGUGGAUUACCAAUUAUUCUUGAACUAUUAGAAGAAGGUAUAGUAGAUAGAUAACUCUUAGCAAGUGUCCUAAGAACAAGCGGCGAUGAGGGAGAAGACCUACUUUUAAAAAUUGUGAAAUUCCACAAGGAUUAUAAAGUAAGAAUGGCAGCAGCAUCAGUCUUAUCCUAUCGUUUACCUGCAAAUCAAAGAUUCCUCGAGGUUGAAUUAAGACUCGACUCUAAUGAUGUGGUUUAACUUGAUGCCAUUCCACCUGGAAAAAUAUGUAGAUAUAAUGGGCCAAUCAGCUCAGUAAUAUAAGAUGAGCAGAGUAAGAAUGAAAAUGAAAAAGUAUUUUAAGAAAACUGUUAUGUAGAAAUAAACUCUAGAGACUUCUUAGCUUCAUUACAAAGAAUGAUAGCAAUGAGCAAUGACUACUUCAUCUAAUAGUUUGACAAUGAGGAAGAGAGAAAUUAAUUAGUAUAACUUGAUGAAGCUAGAUAUCUGCAAAAACUAAACUUUCAGACAUUGAAUUGUACUCUAAUUUAAGACAUUUAGGUGUACAGUUAUAACAGCAAUCCUUACAGUAAUACUUACUCAUCUAUUUACUAAAAAUAAGAAAGAAGAGCUGUGUCAGAUUAAAUAAUCAAAACUCUAGCAAACCAACUAAUUAAAGAGGACAAGGCCUAAGUAAGAGAAGUAAUAGCUGCGGCAAUAGGCACAGUUGGCUUGCCUGAAGGCGAGUAUUGUGUCGACUAGCUGAUUAAAAGUCUAUCAAUUCCUGAUGAAGAUCCAAAUGUAAAAGCUAUGUGUGUCUGGUCUUUGGGCAGAUUAGCUUCUCCCAUAACAGGGCAUAAAGCUAAAAAAAUACUUGUUUAGGCCUUAAGGGACUCUUAUUGGAAGGUAAGAGCUGCUGCAUGUACUGCCGUUGCCCAAAUUGGAGAGCCUGUGGCCUAAUAGACUAUUCCAAUUCUAACUAAGUUACUAAGAGAAGGUUAGGUUAACAGGUAAACAGUUGCUGAAACUAUAAUAAAUGUUGGAGUGCUAGGUGAACAGACUCUUGUUUAGAUUCUGAAAAGUGAACCUGAAAAUAAUCAUAAACUUAGAGAAUGCAUUGUGAGAGCCCUAGCAUUAGCUAAUGUUGGAAAUCCCAAUAUUGAUUUUGUAAUUGAGGUGCUAUUUCAAACUUCAAAGGAUAAAAACGCUUCUGUCAGGAAAAGCAGUUUACUAUCACUAGAUAUCCUGCACAAGAAGACUAUCAAUGAUUCUGUCACCUAUCUCAAGGCCAGGCAUUUACUGCCAUUCUUCUAUAGAUGCCUAAAUGACAAAGAUAAACAGGUCCGUAACUGCGCACUCCUCUGCAUCUAAAACUUCGGUCCUCAGGGUGAAUUAAUGUUUAUCGAGGGUCUGACUAAAGACAAGAACUUUUAGAUAAGAUGUGAGUGUGCCAAUGGUCUAGCAUAAAUUGGACCAUCUACUUUUAGAACACUAUUGCUUUCUUUGCAUGACUAAAACCCAGCAGUCAGAGACUCUGCUAGUUAGGCAAUUAUCAAGCAUAUGAGACCUGAGGAUGUAGAUGAGGCAUUUAAGGGUAAAGAACAUCAAAGAACUACCAUCAAAUGUGCAAUUAGGGAGGUACUGAGCAACAAUCUCAUUCUUACUAUUGACAUUAGAAACUACUUAAACAGAUUGCAAAUACUGUUUGAAGAAGGUAACCUAAAUCAGCAAUUACUGAAUGGAGAUUUCAGUGCCUAUCAAUUUGGAAAUUAUGCAGGAGGCUCAUAAAUACUCCAGCCAAUGAAUAAACCCAAUAAUAUGUACUAUCAGUCCAAUCCAAAUAACAAGGAAAAUAGAACUGGCUAAUCUCAAAUUCAAUAAGUUGGCUGGAUCAAGGAUAAGCAUUCACAGCAGUAUCAUUAGAUAAGAAAGAAUCCAAUGGGUAAUAGCAGUUCUUAGAAUCUCUAACUGUCAGUGACAGGUGCUUUCAAUGCCAGUGGAGUUUCAAGUGGGAUGAACAAUCAGCUGGUCCAGAGUAAAAGAUUAUUGCACUCAAACACUAAACCUAUUGAAUAAAAAAGUAGGCAGGAUUCUUACAUGAGAAAUUUGAAUCAGAAUUUUUCAGAAAACAACGUAAGCAUGCCCUUCUCUAAGUAUCUGUGA